CUCUGCUCGGCGCGGAGGCAGCGGGAGCAGACAGCCAAGAUGGAGUACGAGUGGAAGCCUGACGAGCAGGGGCUCCAGCAGAUCCUGCAGCUGCUCAAGGAGUCCCAGUCCCCGGACACCACCACGCAGAGAGCCGUGCAACAAAAACUAGAACAACUUAAUCAGUAUCCAGAUUUCAACAACUACCUGAUUUUUGUUCUUACAAAGUUGAAGUCUGAAGAUGAGCCAACACGUUCUUUGAGUGGUCUUAUCUUGAAGAAUAAUGUAAAAGCGCAUUUUCACAACUUUCCAAAUGGGGUAACUGACUUCAUUAAAAGUGAAUGUCUGAACAACAUUGGUGAUUCUUCCCCCUUAAUUAGAGCUACUGUAGGCAUUCUGAUAACAACCAUUGCCUCAAAAGGGGAGUUACAGAAUUGGCCUGAACUCUUGCCAAAGCUUUGCAGCCUGUUGGAUUCUGAAGAUUACAAUACCUGUGAGGGCGCUUUUGGUGCUCUUCAGAAGAUAUGUGAAGAUUCUGCUGAAAUUUUAGAUAGUGAUGUGUUGGACCGGCCACUCAAUAUCAUGAUACCUAAAUUCUUGCAGUUCUUCAAGCACAGUAGUCCAAAAAUACGGUCUCAUGCAGUGGCAUGCGUCAAUCAAUUUAUCAUCAGCAGAACUCAAGCUCUUAUGUUGCACAUAGAUUCGUUUAUUGAGAAUCUUUUUGCACUGGCUGGUGAUGAGGAGCCUGAAGUACGCAAAAAUGUUUGCCGUGCUCUGGUAAUGUUGUUGGAAGUUCGGAUGGAUCGCCUGCUUCCUCAUAUGAUUAGUAUAGUUGAGUACAUGCUUCAAAGGACCCAAGACCAAGAUGAAAAUGUGGCUUUGGAGGCAUGUGAAUUUUGGCUGACUUUGGCUGAACAGCCAAUAUGUAAAGAGGUAUUAUGUCGGCAUCUUACUAAGCUGAUACCUGUGCUGGUAAAUGGUAUGAAAUAUUCAGAGAUUGAUAUUAUUCUGUUGAAGGGGGAUGUUGAAGAAGAUGAAGCUAUUCCAGAUAGUGAGCAGGAUAUAAGGCCUCGUUUUCAUCGUUCGAAGACGGUGGCUCAGCAACAUGAAGAAGAUGGUAUUGAAGAUGAUGACGAUGAUGAUGAUGAACUUGAUGAUGAUGAUACUAUUUCUGACUGGAAUUUAAGGAAGUGUUCUGCUGCUGCUCUAGAUGUCCUAGCUAAUGUAUUUCGUGAUGAACUUCUGCCGCACAUCUUGCCCCUGUUGAAGGAAUUGCUCUUCCACCCCGAGUGGGUAGUUAAAGAAUCUGGUAUCCUUGUUCUUGGUGCAAUUGCUGAAGGCUGCAUGCAGGGUAUGAUUCCAUAUCUUCCAGAGCUAAUCCCUCACCUUAUUCAGUGCCUCUCUGACAAAAAGGCUCUUGUGCGCUCCAUUACAUGCUGGACUCUUAGUCGCUAUGCACACUGGGUAGUUAGUCAACCCCCAGACACAUACUUGAAGCCAUUAAUGACUGAGUUGCUAAAGCGUAUCUUGGAUAGCAACAAGAGAGUACAAGAAGCUGCCUGCAGUGCCUUUGCUACUCUAGAAGAGGAGGCUUGUACAGAGCUUGUUCCUUAUCUUGCGUAUAUACUUGACACUUUGGUCUUCGCAUUUAGUAAAUACCAGCAUAAAAACCUGCUCAUUCUUUAUGAUGCUAUAGGAACCCUAGCAGAUUCUGUAGGACAUCAUCUAAAUAAACCAGAAUAUAUUCAGAUGCUAAUGCCUCCAUUAAUCCAGAAGUGGAACAUGCUGAAGGAUGAAGAUAAAGAUCUCUUCCCUUUAUUAGAGUGCCUGUCUUCAGUUGCUACUGCCUUGCAAUCUGGCUUCCUUCCAUACUGUGAACCUGUGUACCAGCGUUGUGUAAAUCUGGUGCAGAAGACACUUGCACAAGCCAUGUUGCAUAAUGCUCAGCCAGACCAAUAUGAGGCUCCAGAUAAAGAUUUCAUGAUUGUGGCUCUUGAUUUGCUCAGUGGUUUAGCUGAAGGCCUUGGAGGCAACAUUGAACAGCUAGUGGCUCGCAGCAAUAUCCUGACACUAAUGUAUCAGUGCAUGCAGGACAAAAUGCCUGAGGUACGGCAGAGCUCUUUUGCAUUGUUAGGUGAUCUGACAAAGGCAUGUUUUCAGCAUGUUAAACCUUGCAUCGCUGAUUUCAUGCCAAUUUUGGGAACCAACCUAAACCCUGAAUUCAUUUCUGUGUGUAACAAUGCCACCUGGGCAAUUGGAGAAAUCUCAAUCCAGAUGGGUAUAGAAAUGCAACCUUAUAUUCCAAUGGUCUUGCACCAGCUUGUAGAAAUAAUUAACAGACCCAACACACCAAAGACGUUGUUAGAGAACACAGCAAUAACAAUUGGUCGUCUUGGUUACGUUUGUCCUCAAGAGGUGGCCCCCAUGCUACAGCAGUUUAUAAGACCCUGGUGCACCUCUCUACGAAACAUAAGAGACAAUGAAGAAAAGGAUUCAGCGUUCCGUGGGAUAUGUACCAUGAUCACGGUCAACCCCAGUGGAGUGGUCCAAGACUUUAUUUUUUUUUGUGAUGCUGUUGCAUCAUGGAUUAGCCCAAAAGAUGAUCUUCGAGACAUGUUCUGUAAGAUUCUUCAUGGAUUUAAAAAUCAAGUUGGGGAUGAGAAUUGGAGGCGUUUCUCUGACCAGUUCCCUCUUCCCUUAAAAGAGCGCCUUGCAGCUUACUAUGGAGUUUAACCUCAUGCACUGUAGCUGCAGUCCCAUAAUUAGAGGUCCUUCAGUCUGGGAGACUAUGAGGGAGCCUCUGCACCCAGGGAAAAUGUUACCCUUUACUGGGGGGAAGGGUAAACCAGUAGGGAAUACAGUACAAUCCCAACCCUACUGGGAGGGGCGGGAGGGAGGUGUUGCCGUCACUGUAUUAAGUCGAUGUUGGGAAAUGUUUUAACAUCUGGAGCCUUUGUGGGUGGAAAUCUGUCUCCUAUUACACCUCUGCACUGGAUGUGAAGAAGAAAAAAAAAAGAAUCUAGUCACAAAACAGCACAUUCUGGAACAUUGUGGGGAUUUAUACCAAAAUAAGAAACCAUAUAAUUGAACCAUAGGGAUACGUAAGAGGAAAAAUAUUUUGCGCACAAUAAAGGAAACCUAAGAAUGGGGGUCACAAACAGUAAAAGGCUUUCUUUUUUGUUUUCUGUUUUUUUAAGUAAGGGUUUUCUACAUUAUUUCAUCCUGCUUGGUGGGAUUCCUAGGUAUUUGCAUGUUAAUGAAGAACUACACAAACGAAGUUAGUACAGUUAAAAUGCAGUUUUGUGUCUGUGUUAGGAACAGGCACUUGCAGUGUACAGUAUAGAAACCCCAUCAUAAAAUAAUAAAAGUUAACUUGGAGAAAAUGAAGCAACCUUCAAGCUGCCAAAUAAGUCACUCCUUUCAUUUUUGGGGUAAGGAGAGGGACACUGCAAAGGAAAGAUUGACAUCUUAAUUUUUACAUUAAGAAAAACAACCAAGGUAGUGGAUAUGAUUUUAUUAUUGUACUUUGUUAGUUUUGAUUUCUAGAGUAAGGCAUUAUUCUUAACUUGCAGUUUAAGGUUCAGGCAUGCGUUCUGGCUCAUAGUGAUCAGAAGUAAUUUUAAUUAGUGGGAAAGUAGCAUGCUUGCAUCACAUAGAGUGAAAUUGGUAUACAUUUACCUAUGUUGCGCCAGUUUUGUGUUGCAGUUUACCAAUUCAAUAUAGCCCUGCAUUUAAAAUUCCUUUUUAAGAUUCAGUGAAAUUUAUUUUUAUUAAGAAUAUAGAUAUAAAGUACUGUAGUUAACAAUUAGGCCUUGAAAUAUCUUUUUAGGAUCUGUUAAGAAUAAGAUUGAUAUUGUAUUGUGUGUAACCUGCACAAUGUGGAAAGCUGAUAUAGCUGUGCAAAAUAUUUGCCUCUGUGCUGUCAGUGUGAUGUGCUUUCUGCAUGGUUAUAUACUAGUGAUUUUAUCAGAAUCUCUAAAAUGAAUUACAUGGCAAGACCCGUUAAAGGCUGCAUAAAUGUUAGUUGGCACGUAAAGACAAUUGUAGAAGUUGAUGACAAGAUUGCUAUAUUUGUGUUUAUUCCCACUCAACGUUUUACCUUCUACACUUUCUUUUUGUUCAAAGCAUGAUCUUAAAGAGAUGUUUUAGUUAAUGGAUGUAAUGCAGGGUAUCUACACUGUAUUGGCGCAUGUUGGUGGCCCUUUGUGAUGUAGUUAAAUGCACAAGGGUGCAAGUUUAAAGCUACAGAGUGAAAGUUGGUCUGGAUCCUCUUCAUUUCAUUUGUUUAGCUUUUCUGUUGUGUUUUUUUUUUUUCCUCUACUUACAUGUAUUCCUGUGAAUAAAUCCUUGUUAAGUUAACGCUUUACUUUUCCUUCCAUGUGUAUUUUCUUAUGUACUGUGAAUGUGAAAUCCUAACUGGUACACUUGAUCUUGUGUCCAUCUGAAAGUGGCAAGUCUUUAUUAAUUUAGAUUGCCUAAAGAGUAUCCCAUGAUGAUAAAGGAAAAUGGAGAGAUUUUUAACUCUGCUGGUCAGAGGUGAAGCCACACCUUUCCAUUUUUCAAGUGCUGCAUUAUUAAUCUGCAAACAUAAUUAAGCCAUAACAGCCUUUUUGUAGAUUUAGUUUCUCACCUUUGCAUUGCAGAAUGGAUACUGGAUAACAGUUUUUGGUUUAGUUGGUGUUUUCUGGUUUGUUUUUUUUGUUUGUUUCCUUUAUUUUUCCUUCGGUUGGUUCAUUUUUAGUUUUUUGUUUUGGGUAUUUUGGGGGGGGUCUUGGAGGAGGUUGUGGGGAUUUUUUUAUUGUUUUUGUUUUGGUUUGGGGUUUUGGGGGGAUUUUUUGUUGUUUUUGGUUUGGUUUGGUUUGGUUUGGUUUAGUUUGGUUUGGUUUGGUUUUGGGUUUGUUUUGGGUUUUUUGGUUGGGGCUUUUUUAAGAACUUGCUCUUUUUGCAUGGUUCUGUUCUUUGACUGUUGAAUGAUUUAGCCAUUGCACUGAAGUUUGAGCUGUGUGAGUGUGAACUUAUAAAUGCUGUUUAAAGAGUUUAGACCUUUAUUUUUUUCAAUGCAUGAUCACAUGCAUGUUUUCUGUUCCCCUCCCCCUUUUUUUGGCUUUGCAAAUUUUAGUGGAUUAUGCCUGAAGCAUAGUUUGGACAUGUACUGUGUGAAAUACAUUUGAUAAUGCCAGUACAUAGUAUUUAUUCAAUUUGAUCAAAAUUGCAUGUGAUAACUUGCUUUCAAGUUACAUUACUUCGAUAGCAAACCAAAAAUACCUUCUCAACUAAUAACUCUGAUAUAAAUUAGUAAAAUUCAAUUUAAAAACUGUAAUUUUGAAAGGGAACAUUCCUGCCCAACAUUUAGCAAGGUGGGAUAUUAUUUUAGACCCAAACUUGCUUUAAUUUUUAGUGUGUUUGAACAUUAAGGAAGAGUUUCAGAGAAAUUACAUUUAAAAGUUUGUAGAAUAGAAAACUGACCCAAAUGAUAUAGUAGUGUAACAAUUAAAAUCUGGGUUUAACUAAACUUCUUAAAUUUCAGAAAGCCCCUUUAAUCACAUAAAACCACUCCACCUCACCUUGGAUUAUUUUAGGAUGUCACUUUGUGCAUAUUUGUUUUAAUACAUAUUUUUACAGAUGUGAACUGAUCUGGUAUGACAGCAAGGAAAAUAAUUUAAAAGGGCAGGAAUAACCAGUACAAGAAUAAACGAAGUAGUCUCUUGUAUCAGUAAGUUCUGUCAUGGUAUAUUUUAAAGCAAAUAAACCAUAUUCCUAAAGCAUAAUAUAGCGCAGAGAUUUGCAGAUGCUUUUUAGGGGAUAAUGUGAGGAAAGGGAAGUUCUGAAACAGCAUUAAUAUUUAAAACUGAAUUAUUGCA